UUUGGCACAAGAGAUCAGGACUAGGGAUCCCAAUUCCAUGUUUGUCAACUGAUGUUAUCCGUGUAAAUAAUAAUCCCACCCCACUAAAGAGAUUGUAUUAUUAGUCCUCUGGAUUGGUUAGAACUCACUUACUGUCUUCCUGCUCCCUGCUCACGCUCAUCGAAUCGUCGUCCUUUCCGUUCAAUACGAACCAGUCUGAGCCAACCAGUCCGAUCAAUUCAGAUCAGAUCCUGUCCGGGCCAAGGAAAGAUGCAAUUCUUUGGGGGUUCAGAGAUCAGUCCCUCGCCGCCGGUGCCCACGGCAUCCGGCAACAACGCUCAUAUGAUGUAUGUGUUCAAUCGUAACGGCGUCUGCUUGCUCUACCGGGAGUGGAAUCGACCUCUCCGAACCUUAAACUCUCAGCAAGACCACAAGCUCAUGUUUGGUUUGCUUUUCUCCCUCAAGUCAUUGACUGCUAAAAUGGAUCCCACCAUUGCGGAGAGAGGGAACCUUGGGGUUCCUCAGUUGCCUGGUCAAGGUUGCUCUUUUCAUAGCUUCCGUACCAAUACGUACAAGCUCAGUUUUAUGGAAACCCCUUCUGGAAUUAAGUUUAUAUUGGUAACUCAUCCGAGGACUGGUGACCUUAGGGAAUCCUUGAAGUACAUUUACAACUUGUAUGUAGAAUAUGUGGUCAAGAGCCCUCUUUAUUCUCCUGGAUCUCCAAUCAGGAGCGAGCUAUUCAACACGUCCCUUGAUCAAUAUGUAAGGAGCAUUGCGUAGAAGGUGAAGAUAAAAACCAAGUCACCACCAACUAUUACAACGUAAAGGUACACCAUUUAUGCUUCUGUCUCAUACGAACAAGGGUCUACUGUAGUUCAGAGUUCAGACUCGUUUCUGGCAUCACCACUCUGGCCAUGGUUCCAAGUACUUUUCUGCUUUGAAUUUUGUGUGCCUACCCGAUGGAAAUGUUGUGUUUUUCUUCUUCCGGUUGGAUUGUGGCCAUAUACAUUUGCUUUACUGUGACAAACUCAAAAUUAAAAAAAGUAAAUUUAUAUUUUGGGUUUAGUUAUUGAAACUAACCUAUUGGUUGCA